AGUCCGUCGAGGCGCGGCGCGGUCCGGCCAGGUUUGCCGCUCUCCCUCGCUGGCCUGCAGCGCUCUCUUAGCUGCAAGCGGGAAGCUUCUGGGCGCAGCGGCUACAAUGCUGCCCUGUGCCGUGGCGUACAAACAGGUGCCCAGAGGCUGCAGGACCUCACAGAGAAGGCUGCCGCUAAGGAGACGGAGAGCCAGAGCAUGACUGACCUUAGCCCUUUAAUCUUGCAAAGGAACUCCAUGAGAUGGGAUGGAAAGCCAUACGAAGAGAUCCCAAUAGCUCACAUCAAAGCUACAUACAACAACACCCACAUCCAAGUCGUCAGCUUCGACAAUAGGCCAUUUGCCCGUACCUCCUGUGGCACAGAAGGCUUCCAGAAUGCCAAGAAGGGAACUGCCAUUGCAGCACAGACCGCAGGCAUAGCAGCAGCAGUGAAAGCACGUGGGAAAGGUGUAUUCCAUAUACGAGUCAUGGUGAAAGGACUGGGACCAGGACGCAAAGCUGCCAUCAAGGGUUUGACUAUGGGAGGUUUGGAGGUUAUCUCCAUCACGGACAACACCCCAGUUCCACACAAUGGCUGUCGUCCCCGGAAAGCCAGGCGAAUGUGAGAGAAAAAUGGAAGAGACACAGCUGCAUUCAAUAUUAGCUGGUACAAUACGGAUUGUGUUGAACAUUGCUCUUGUGACAGAUCCUGGAAAGCCACCUUCCAUAGGAAUGCUUGCUGAGAGCAACUUGAAGAGAGACCAUCCUAGGCCUUAGCCUGGUGAUAGAAGCAGGAAUACAUUUACUUUCUUAAUGGGAAACCUCUUGUGUACAGAGUCUGUUGAUUAAAAUGUUGAUCUUUUGACAGCUAUU